AUGGGUGAUGAUGUAGAACUGGUGGAUGAGGCCGACUACCACGAACUUAAUCUUGGUUCUGGGGUAGAUUUCGAUUCGGCUAGGACAACUGAUGACCCGGCCGUAGAUCCCAAUUUAGCUGCUGAUGGUGUUGGUGAACCUAUGUUGGAAGAUACUACAGUCAUAGAUCGAGGUGGAAGACCAGAACAGAUCAUUCAGUUCAUCAGCAUCAAUGUCUGCACGAUAUCGGCAUUCAUCACCAUUAGGCUCAAACAAUUUAGUCGAUUCUCACACAUCACGCUCCCAGUAGGAUGGGCCUGCGGAAAUUUAUUAACUGUUUGA